AAAUUUCAGGUAACCGUAGAUUUCCGAUAGUAAUAUGCAAAUUGUGGACAGUAAGCGUAAGCUAAAGAGUCGAUAACUACAUCUUUGUCAAUAAAAUAUAAAUAAUGAAUAAUAGUUUCGUCACAUGCAGUACCCAAAAGGGGAUUAUUACUCGAACGUUGGGUAAUUUAAUUACUGUUUGGCCACUUAAUGUUCAGCAGAAAAAGGAAAUCAUCUUCCAAGAUGUCGCGCCGAUAUCAUCGCAGUGUUUAAAAGUUGGUGAUUGGAUUCAGAUGGAGGUGAAACGUGGUGAUGUGGUCGCUUAUCGUGAAAAAAUUGAACCCGUACUACAAACAUUGGUUACAUUACGUGGAAAUGUACAGGUAAAAACACGUCUGUAUUUUCCAAAUGGAAUUAAUAGAAAUUGUGAGCAUGUGAUUGGUUAUUCGGACGAUUUAGGAGAAAUGGGUAUUUUUUUCGAAUGUCCUGAACUGAAAGCUGACUUUUUAUAUGAUGUCUGGGUAUCGAGACCUCCCAAAAAGUUCGCAUCGUUGGAAAAGAGAUAUGAUGUGCACUGGUAUGUUGUAAGACAAACGAUGAUUCCGUUAAUGAGAGAUAAUAGAACAACACUUUUAUGGGAAAAUCAGUUGGUUGAUGACGAUUCCGAACAUUUCAACAAUACCUUGACCGAAAGUAACAUUAAUUCAUGUGAAAUCGAUUUUCCUUACGUAUUAAGCUUUAACGACAAUGCUCUAAGAAAAUUAUAUAGUGAUCCGAAAGUACGCGAAGCAGUUUAUCGACACAGUAGUGAUUUCGCCUGCUCAAUCGAAGCUUAUUUGAGGAGACUUCAUGAUUGAUUUCCAUUGAGGUGUCAUCGCAAGUAAAUAUUUCUUCAUGAAAACGGAUGAAUAGCAUAAUGAUAUGUUUCUUCUACAUGAUAAAAGUGAGGCCAUUGAGAAGCAGAACAGAGCGGAUGAACCAUUAAUAAAGUUUACGAUCCAAAGUGAUAACUUAAUCACUACACUGUAAUUUGCAAUAACGAAUAAUUAUAUGCUUUCAGUGCUACUUUAUGGUUCUGCCGUAAUUACGAAAUAUUUACUUUAUAAAUACACUAUAUUAAAUGAAAAGCUUCUGUCGAAAUGUACAUUCUAUAUUACGCAUUGUAAUCGUAGAACCUGAAUAAGGAC